UGAUGAAAUCGAGCUCUGCACGAAUCAGAUGCGCCUGUCAACUUCCCAGGUGGGAUUGCUUGGAGUUAAUAGACUGAAGUCAGAGCCCCGAAAGCAGUGCAUUCAGGGCAAGCAGAGAACACUCUGCAGAGGCUUUCCAAGAAUCCGUCGGCAUGGCAAGACAAGGCUAUUUCGGGUCAUACCAGGUAAUAUCCUUGUUCACUUUUGCCAUCGGUGUCAAUAUCUGUUUAGGAUUCACAGCAAGUCGGAUUAAGAGGGCGGAAUGGGAUGAAGGACCUCCCACAGUGUUAUCCGACUCUCCAUGGACCAACACGUCUGGAUCCUGCAAGGGGAGAUGCUUUGAGCUUCAAGAGGUUGGGCCUCCCGACUGUCGGUGUGACAACCUGUGUAAGAGCUACAGCAGCUGCUGCCAUGACUUUGAUGAGCUCUGUUUGAAAACAGCUCGUGGCUGGGAGUGCACCAAAGACAGAUGUGGAGAAGUACGGAACGAGGAGAAUGCCUGUCACUGCUCAGAAGACUGCUUGUCCCGGGGAGACUGCUGUACUAAUUACCAAGUGGUCUGCAAAGGAGAGUCACACUGGGUGGAUGAUGACUGUGAGGAAAUAAAAGUCCCUGAGUGCCCUGCAGGGUUUGUCCGUCCUCCGUUGAUCAUCUUCUCCGUGGAUGGGUUCCGUGCAUCGUACAUGAAGAAAGGCAGCAAGGUCAUGCCCAACAUCGAGAAACUGCGAUCCUGUGGCACUCAUGCUCCCUACAUGAGGCCUGUGUACCCAACAAAAACCUUCCCCAACCUAUAUACUUUGGCCACUGGUUUAUAUCCAGAAUCCCAUGGAAUUGUUGGCAAUUCAAUGUAUGAUCCUGUGUUUGAUGCUACUUUCCAUCUACGAGGGCGAGAGAAGUUUAAUCACAGAUGGUGGGGAGGCCAACCGCUAUGGAUUACAGCCACCAAGCAAGGGGUGAGAGCGGGAACAUUCUUCUGGUCUGUGACCAUCCCUCAUGAGCGGAGGAUCCUAACCAUUCUACAGUGGCUUUCCCUGCCAGACAACGAGAGGCCUUCAGUUUAUGCCUUCUAUUCCGAGCAGCCUGAUUUCUCUGGACACAAGUAUGGCCCCUUUGGCCCUGAGAUGACAAAUCCUCUGAGGGAGAUUGACAAAACCGUGGGGCAGUUAAUGGAUGGGCUGAAACAACUCAAGCUGCACCGCUGUGUGAAUGUGAUCUUUGUUGGAGACCAUGGAAUGGAAGAUGUGACAUGCGACAGAACCGAGUUCUUGAGCAACUAUCUAACUAAUGUGGAUGAUAUUACUUUAGUGCCCGGAACUCUAGGAAGAAUUCGAUCCAAAUUUAGUAAUAAUCCUAAAUAUGACCCUAAAGCCAUUAUUGCUAAUCUCACGUGUAAAAAGCCAGAUCAGCACUUUAAGCCUUACAUGAAGCAGCACCUUCCCAAACGUUUGCACUAUGCCAACAACAGGAGAAUUGAGGAUAUCCAUUUGUUGGUGGAUCGCAGAUGGCAUGUUGCAAGGAAACCUUUGGACGUUUAUAAGAAGCCAUCAGGAAAAUGUUUCUUCCAGGGUGACCAUGGCUUUGAUAACAAGGUCAAUAGCAUGCAGACUGUUUUUGUAGGUUAUGGCCCAACUUUUAAGUACAGGACUAAAGUACCUCCGUUUGAAAACAUUGAACUUUACAAUGUUAUGUGCGAUCUCCUAGGCUUGAAGCCAGCUCCCAAUAAUGGAACCCAUGGAAGUUUGAAUCACCUACUGCGGACAAAUACCUUUAGGCCAUCCAUACCCGAGGAAGUCACCAGACCAAGUUACCCAGGGAUUAUGUACCUUCAGUCUGAUUUUGACCUGGGCUGCACCUGUGAUGAUAAGGUAGAGCCAAAGAACAAAUUGGAAGAACUCAAUAAACGCCUUCACAACAAAGGAUCUACAGAAGCUGAAACCAAGACAUUCAGAGGCAGCAAAAAUGAAAACAAGAAAAGCCUUAAUGGAAAAUUUGAACCUAGAAAAGAGAGACAUCUCCUAUAUGGACGACCUGCAGUGCUUUAUCGGACUAGUUAUGAUAUCUUAUACCACACGGAUUUUGAAAGUGGUUAUAGUGAAAUAUUCUUGAUGCCUCUCUGGACAUCAUAUACCAUUUCUAAGCAGGCUGAGGUCUCUGGCAUCCCGGAACCCCUGGCAAACUGUGUUCGUCCUGAUGUCCGCGUGUCUCCAGGAUUCAGUCAGAACUGUUUGGCCUAUAAAAAUGAUAAACAGAUGUCAUAUGGAUUCCUUUUUCCUCCCUAUCUGAGUUCCUCCCCAGAAGCCAAAUAUGAUGCCUUCCUUGUAACCAACAUGGUCCCAAUGUAUCCCGCUUUCAAACGUGUUUGGACUUACUUCCAACGCGUUUUGGUGAAGAAGUAUGCUUCAGAAAGGAAUGGAGUCAAUGUAAUAAGUGGACCAGUUUUUGACUACAAUUAUGAUGGCUUACGUGACACUGAGGAUGAAAUCAAACAGUAUGUGGAAGGCAGCUCGAUUCCUGUCCCCACUCACUACUAUAGCAUCAUCACUAGCUGCCUGGACUUCACUCAGCCUGCGGACAAGUGUGAUGGUCCCCUCUCUGUGUCUUCUUUCAUCCUUCCUCAUCGGCCCGACAAUGAUGAGAGUUGCAAUAGCUCCGAGGAUGAGUCCAAGUGGGUAGAGGGACUCAUGAAGAUGCACACAGCUCGCGUGCGGGACAUUGAACAUCUCACUGGUUUGGAUUUCUACCGGAAGACUAGCCGUAGCUAUUCAGAAAUUCUGACCCUCAAGACAUACCUGCAUACAUAUGAGAGCGAGAUUUAACUUUCUGGGCAUGUGCAGUGUAGUCUUAACAACUGGUGUAUAUUUUUAUAUUGUGUUUAUAUUUAUUAAUUUGAAGCCAGGACAUUUAAAAAAAACACUUAGUAUUUUAAUCCUGUAUCAGAUCUGACGUAUUAAGCCUGAAUGACUCUAUUUUUUUCCUCUAAGGCUUUAGACAGAGUUGUGUUUUGGAUAGAGCUUAUAGUGAACACUUCAGCUCACGAUCCAAGUAGAAGCUUCUACAUGGUGCUGCAGGUUGAAUAUUUGCAUUGAGGAAAUAUUAAUUUUCCAGUGCACAGUCACUACAUGUAGUCCUGUUCUGUAUUGAAAUACUGAUUUGUAAAGUUGCAUUCAUUUGCUGUUAACUUUGGCAGACAUAUUUAAGCCUUAUAGACCAAUCUUAAAAAAUAAUAAAUCACACAUUCAGAUUU